GAAGUAGAUAAUUUUAAAACAAGACGAAYCAUCGCAGCAGUAGUAGUUGUUAGCUGAGACUUGAUGAGGAGUCAGAGUUAACAUGUCUGCUCUGAAGGAGUCUGUGGAGGCGCUSAGUCGUGUUUAUGAGCGCUACACCGAGUACGUCCGGAGGAACCCGGCUGCUACAGCUCAGCUGGAGGGUACCGUCAGAACCCUGUCCUACCUGAUCGCAGGAAGGUUUGCUGAUUGUCAUGAGAUUUCUGAACUCGUGUACUCUGCCUCCAACCUCCUAGUCCUGUUCAACGACAGCAUCCUGCGUAAAGGUCUGAGAUGUGCCCUGCCUGUGCCUGUGUCUCAGCAGAGACUCCUGACCUGGCUCUCGGUGCUGGAGUACGUGGAGGUCUUCCUGGAGAUGGGGGCCUGCAGGCUGUGGGGGGAGCUGGGCCGCUGGCUGGUGAUUGGACUCAUCCAGGUCUUUAAGGCCGUGUUCCGCCUGGUUCUUCUUCUGGUCUACAGGUCUGGCCUCCAGACUUCACCUCCCAUAAUCCCUCUGGACAGAAGUGCAGACUGUGCUGAAGAUGAUGGAARCGGUGAGCAGCACGAUGACACCGCCUGCUUCAGGGGUCAGAGGUCGGGUCGAGUCAUCAGGCCUCUCAGCAGCACAGCUCCCUCCCUGCAGAACCGUCUGUGGGGAGCUCCUGCUCGGAGGAAGAGGAGCAGCAGCCUGAAGGAGAAGCUCAGCACCAGACCAACAGAGCUGAACCUCCAGGAGCUGAUGGCUGAGUCCGUCUACAUCAGUCGUCCUCUGGUGCACCUUCUCAGUCUGGGUCUCUGUGGGAAACAGUCGUGGAAGCCGUGGCUCAUCUCUGCAGUCCUCGAACUGUCCAGCUUCGUGGUUCUGAGCGACGCCAAGUUUCAGAACCGAUGGGAGAGGGCUGAGAUGAGGAGGAGGGGCUUCCUGUUGUUGUACUACCUGCUGCGCUCACCUUUCUACGACAAAUACUCUGAGGAGAAGAUCCUGUUCCUGCUCAAACUGCUGGCUGAUCACAUUCCAGGAGUCGGACUCGUGGCUCGUAAGUUCUGCAGUCUGUUGGUACCACUGGUGUCUGUGAGAAACAGAAUAAAGCUGCAGGUGUGGAUGUUUGGUUUGUGCAGGUCCUCUGAUGGACUACCUCCCUGCCUGGCAGAAGAUCUACUUCUAYAACUGGGGCUAAAGCUGCAGGACGGACCGGAACCGUUUGGAUCCAGAGCUGCAGAUGAUUCUUCUGUCCUCAGAAAUGUAGUAAAGCAGCAGGAACAGAGGAGCCUCAUGUUUCCUCCUCAGCAGGAUUAAUUUCUCUCUAAUCAUCAGGAUCAGAGCUCUGACUGACUGUCAGGGUUCUGCUCGGGUUCUGUCACAUCUGACUCUUUAAGGUGGAUCCUGACUGAGCUGAGCUCUGACGCCUGCAGUCUGGGACUGAAUGUGGAACAGAUUUUCUGUUGCAGCCUGACUGAAUUUAAAGUUUGUGACCAACGAGACGAGUUCUGAAGUUUUUAAUCACCACUGAUUUGUGUGCACAUAUAUUUCCUGCUCCCCCCACACUCAUGAUGUCAUGUCCUGGAGCAGGGGAGGAUGGGUGGUCUAUGAGAGACCGGCCCAGUUUCAGUCACUUAGACCUGAACAUGACUUAGUUUCAAAUUCUCUUCAAAAUAAUUCAAAUUUACAAAACAAUCRUUAGUUUGAGACAAACGGUUCCUUCCAGUGAAGCUGGAGAAAACCCACACAUGCACAGGGAGAACAUGUAAACACCAGGCAGAAAGAUCCCAGGCUGGGAUUUGAACCGGCAACCUUCUUGCUGAGAGCUAACAGUGUAGAAGCCMACACUUUCCCCUGAUGAGAUCAAAACAGCUAAAGUUUCACAAUAAAAGCCCGGUUGUUUUGUUUUUAAUUGUUAUUUAGAGGGACUAGAUUUUUAAAUUUAAAACAUUUUUUAGUUUUUUUUUAGUUUUUCAAAAUCAAAGUUUUUAUAUUUAUAAAGGUCCCACACUUCAUGAAUAGUUUGAUGAAAUUAAAAAUAAAGCAGAAACUUUGGA